GUGUCAUGCGUUUGCAGCCCUAGUAAAAAGCCAUUCACACAAAAGCCCCGAUGGCCACUUGUUGCCUUGGAAACGCGGAAAAAAUAAACAAAUUAGCUAUGGAUUGGGCUGAGGAGCUGAAAAUGACUAUAAGAAAGACAACGGCCCGCAAGGGUCGUCGCUCCAAGAGUCGCGAUGUCUUGAAGGAGGAAUCAUCGCAACCGGUUAAGGACAUUUCCAUAGACAUCACACUCAAUGUGCAGGCACAGGGCAGUCCCACAACAACAGAGGCCACCUCGUCCACAUACAACAAUGAAUUUGAAUCCCAUCGGCCGCCCAUCCGACGCAUAUCUGGAGGCUGGGCGGAUGCUGGCUUUAAAGGUUUAAAAUCCAAGAAGAAUUCAUUCGAUGACGAGCGUUUUCAGCAAACAAAGUCGGCCACGUCCGUGCCGACCGAUGAUAUACCUGUUAUACCCGAUGUGGAUGACUUCAAGGAUGAAAUUAUGCUCAACGAGAUAGUUGAACCGCCUACGGCCAGCUUAAAUCGUUUGGCGGUUCUCAAGGAGAUCAGCACGGAUUUGCUCUCGCAGCACGCUUUCAAUGCAGUUGAUAAUUUUAAUCUGUCCAUACUGACCGAUUGUCUGCUGCCCCAGGAGACACUCAACGAGGUCGAUGAGAUCUGGCAGUGGGACAAACUCUUCACUGAAGUGUCAGCCGAAAUCCAUUCGGAUAAGGCGCCCAAUAUUGGUGUGAAAAUCGGACCCGAUGUGGUUCCACCAGCUGCCCAGCACACUUGAGAACGAAAUGGAAAGUACAAGAACAGUGCAAUAAAUACUCAAAUAUUAAAUAUAGAAAUUUCAUUUGAUCA